AACUACCUCGCUUAUCUCCAUGCGCGCAGCUGCAAUUGUCUUUUUUCACACUCAAUCCACAUUAGGGUUUUAUCGCAAGGGGUGUGAAGAAAUUCUCUAUAAGAGCUUCACGAGAAAUCUACUAGACUCUCAAAAAAACUGUAUGAAUUUGUCAUUAUACAAGUUGAUAGCAUUUCAGUGCUUUUCCUAACGAAAAUGGCAUUAGCGAGAAAAUAUGCGUAUUUCUUUGUCGUAAUGAUGGGAAUGGCGAUGCUCAUGGCUGCUGGAACUAGCAUUGCCGCUGAGGGAGACGAAGACAAAUCGAUAUCUCUGGACCCUCUGACAAAGGCUACUGAGACGACAAGGACAAUUGAAACGAAAUCUGGGUCGUCUGAAAGUGUUCCAAGAGGUUCUACUCGCAUUGUGGUAAAAGAAAAGGCAGAUAAGAGAGACGAAAUCAUCAUCGUCUUACAUUUGGUCAUUAUCAAUCUUGUAAUCGUUACCUCUUCAAUCGUUUUCUUUCCGAUUCGAUUUUAGCGUUUGAUUUAGCAGCACUUUGACAAUAGAAUCUCAAGAUAUUUUUCCAUUUGAUAAAUCUCCCCCAUAAGACUUUUUCCCACUAUUUUGGAGGAGCCGAUAUGUCCGAUUCCUGUACAUUUUGGAACAAUCCAUUUCCUUCACAACUUUCUGCAGAAUAGCUAAGCCUACUACAUAUUCUCGUUCUCUUAUUUUCUCUGAACAGAAUUUUAUCAUGAUUGAAGUUAUCAAGGGGUAACCUAGAAAGUGUGAUUUAAUACUUA